AUAAAAAACAUUUUGAACUUAAUCGGUAAGUACUCGUGGUAGCGGUCAUAUUUACACGUGUUGCAAGACUUGCGGUAUUAUUUGUUAAUUCGAUACUUUGUCGGCGCUUUGUGAAAUACAAGUGGUAAUAUACUUUGAAUAUAAAUUAUGUGCUUCAAUUUAUAAAAACGAUAAUAUUUAUUUAAAUUUAUAAUAUUUAGAUCUAAAGUUGAAUGUCAGAACUUGGUUCUUUAGUCAUAUAUUUAUGUUUCGAUUUAAUAUCAACUCAUCAAAUAUUUCACUAUAAAAUAAUGCGUUUUUAUGCAACAAUUUCUUUACUAUUCUGUAUUGCGACGUGAAGCUGCUCGUUAUUUUUGUUAAGUGAGGAAUCUGCAACUUUCAACUUCAUUUAAAAUGUUAGUCUGACUCCGAAUGUUCAGUAUACACGCGCACGCCCUCACCUGAACCGAAGAAGAUUGCUACAAAGAAUAUCAAGAAAAGGAAAUCAUCCUCAGCCGCAAGGUCCGAAGUUGAAACAGAAAAUCGACGGGUACUACAUUCAUCCUCACCAACACCUUGCGCGCAAAAGAAAAAAACAACCAAAAAAGCACGAACGUCAACCAGUGAAAAUAAGAAUGUUGGCUCUAGUUCUUCCAAAAAAUCGCCUGAAACCGAUAUCUUCAAAAUCAUAAGAGAAGAAGAGAAGAUCACCAGCGAGGGCAGUUCGAAAACCGUCAAGACAACAUCAUCGUUUACCAGCCGCGUAUCGACAGGUUCUAGUCGACGCACUACGAUAACAGACGGUAAUUUUUUCAUUGAUUUAAAAGUGUAUAACAUUAAUGAUUACCAAAAAUCUGAGCCUGAAGAACGUUAUAAAAAAGCAUUAGCGUCGGUUAAAUUGCAAUGUCAAGAGAAUUCCUCCGAGUGGAAUCAAAUACAAACGUUCUUAGGUCAAGCCUUUAAUAUUUUUGGAGAAUGUGAACCUGUUUAUUAUAAUAAUUAUAAAAAAAAUUAGUUGAAUAUUUUCAAAUCUCCCACAGUAAGAGAAUUCUAUUUAAACAAAAUUUUGUUAUUUUUUAUUCAAAGUUGUUGACAAAAUCAAGUUAUAGUUAAUAGCAAAGGUAGAUACCUACGUCUAUAACUAAAUCUCGAAUAUGGUUUUUGCAUUAAGAAUAUAAUAUAUUCGUAUAGCGUACGAUAUUAUCGUACGCUUAUAUAAAUAGUUUGUGUACAAAAAUAGAUACUUAAAUAUUAUAGGUUUUCAAUAUUUUAUGUGCGAAAAAGUUUUAAUGAAUAAAUACAGAAAUUAAUUUUUGUAAGAUAAAAGGUUACUUUCUGUUAAAUUUAAAGAAUAUUUUCGAAUGCGAUAAUUUAAUACUGCGACUUUAUUUGAUUUAUAUUUAUAGACUUAUACUACCAUACUUUGCAUAGUGUUAACAAUUCAUUGCAUUCUUAAUGAGAAGUCAGUCGAGUCAACUGUUUUGAUUAAUACAACGUAUGCUAAUAGUAAAUAGAUGUAUUAAAUUAGUGUUUGACAAAUUACGGUUUCAAAAUAGCCUAGUGAGUUUAGCUACAUCUUUUGCAUUAACAUAAUUCAUUAUGCCUUUCUGUGUACCGUGUAGUUCAUCUGUAGACAAAAAUAAAUGGACAGGUCAUCUUCGAAGCACUGCACAUAAAACAACUGUAUGUUCUAACAAAUUACUUAAUGAUGGUGUUGAAGUAGUAGAGUCUGCAUUUCGGAUGCGCAUUGCCACUUAUCGUAUAUCAGCAACCAACGACCAAAGUCUGGCGUCUGUCGAUGCGUUUAUGAACUCUAUUCGAAACAAAAUAAAACGGCUUUUAGAUAAUUCACUUACGAAACAUACGUGCGUAAAAGUAAAUUUCGAGCUCUUUGGAUUGUUUUUAAUGUUCAAAGAUAAUAGUCAAUCAAUAAAAUCAUUUGGAACUAAAAAUAAAAUUUUAUACUUAAGUUAUGAUUUUGAGUCACUGUUUUGCGAAGUUGUUAACUGUCUAAAGAAAAAAUUUGAGGAAUUUCAAGACCGUGAUAGUGGAUGGGCUUUUGUUAGUAACUCUCAUUUAGAGAUCAACAUUAACAAGUAUCAACCAUUACGAGGUUCAAGCUAUGUUGACCUGCCAAAGUUCAUAAAAAACAAAAAAGCAUGUAUAAAUAUACAAAACAACGAUCAAUGCUGUUUUUUAUGGUGUGUAACAGCGGCUUUGCAUCCUUCUACAAAACACCCUGAAAGAGUAUCAUCUUAUCCUAAUUUUCGAGACGUUUUGAAUAUUUCUCAAAUUUCUUUUCCAGUCACAUUUGAUGACAUAAGAAUAUUCGAAAAAAAUAACCCUAUGAUUUCAUUGACGAUUUUUGGUUUGAAAAAUAAUAAAAUUGUUGUGGGCCCCCUUUACAAGUCUAAAGUAUCUAGUAAUCAGAAAUGUAGAAAAAAUAUAAACCUACUUUUAAUAGACGAUGGUAGUCACCCACCACAUUAUGUUCUAAUUAAAGACUUGAGUCGUCUUGUGCGCAGACAAGUAACAAAGCAUAAUAGUAAGAUAUACUUUUGCGAAACCUGUCUGUUAUUUUUUCUCACGCAGGAAGAACUCGCAAAUCACUUGUGUACUGGAAUAGUUACCGUUUUACCAGAAAAGGGGACAGUAAUUAAAUUUAAACAUUUCGAUCGUAAACAGAAUGUUCCAUUCGUUAUAUAUGCAGAUUUUGAAUCGUUACUACAACCAACUGAAACUAGUGACUCUGAUACUGAUACUAGUGAUAGUCUUACCCCUAACACUACAACUUUGCAUCAUCAUAUACCAGCUGCCUUUGGGUAUCAUAUUGUUUGUAACGCAGAUCCGAGUCAUAAUCGUUAUUUCUCUUAUCGCGGUACUGAUUGCGUCGAUAAAUUUAUUGAGGCAAUCUACAAAGAUGUUGCUAAAAUUUAUAAAAUUGUGAACAAAAAUACCCCAAUAAUAUGUAAUGAGAAUGACGACCAAAACUUUUUGAACGCUAAACGUUGUCAUAUUUGUAACCAUUUUCUAUUUUCUGAUCGGGUUCGAGAUCACUGUCACAUUACAGGAAGAUAUCGGGGAGCGGCACAUAAUAUAUGUAACUUACAAUAUAAACGUCCUUGUUUCGUACCUAUUUUUUUCACAAUCUGUCUGGUUAUGAUUGCCAUCUAUUUAUCAAAAAAUUGGGGGAGGCACCUGGAAACGUCAAAGUUAUACCUAAAACCAAAGAAAACUAUAUUUCUUUUACUAAAUUUAUCCCUAUCGAGAAUGAGUAUUUUCAGCUUCGUUUUGUAGAUUCUUUCAAAUUUUUAGAUACAAGUUUAGAAAAACUAACUACAACUAUGCAGAAAUCUGACUUUGUUCAUUUACAUAAAUAUUUUUGUAAUGAUGAGGAGUUUGAAUUACUUACACGAAAAGGUGUGUUUCCCUAUGAGUAUAUGAAUAAAUGGCAAUGUUUUGAAGAAAAAUACCUGCCAAGUAUUGACUGUUUUCAUAAUUCGCUCACUGAUGAGAACAUUUCUGUAAAAGAUUAUAAUCAUGCGCAAAAAGUAUGGCAACAGUUUAAAAUUCAAAAUUUAGGUGAAUAUACAGACCUAUAUUUGCAAACGGAUGUUCUUCUGCUAACCGAUAUUUUUGAAAAGUUUCGCGCUACUUGCAAACAACACUAUGACUUGGAUCCUGCUUUUUAUUUAACUACACCUAGCUUAUCAUUUGAUGCCAUGCUUCUGAAAACUGGUAUUGAAUUAGAGCUUAUAGAUGACUUUAACAUGCUUAAGAUGAUCCAAUCUGGAAUAAGAGGGGGAGUCUGUAUGACCUCUCUACGAUAUGCAAAGGCUAAUAACAUAUACUUACCUCACUAUGACUCAUCCCAGAUAGACUCAUACCUAAUUUAUAUCGACUGUAAUAAUUUAUAUGGUUACAGCAUGUGUCAGUAUAUGCCCCUAUCAGACUUUAGGUUUCUAGAAACCAAUGAAAUAAGUGCUUUAAAUAUCACUCAAAUCCCUGAUGACUCGGAUUAUGGUUUCAUUCUAGAAGUUGAUAUUAUUUACCCCAAUGAUUUACAUGAUAAACAUAAUGAUUUACCAUUUUGUCCCGAAAAAUGUGUUCCACCAGGUGGGACGCAUUAUAAACUGGUACCUAAUCUAUAUGACAAAUAUUUGUAUGUGAUUCAUUAUGUACAUUUGAAAACGUGUCUUAAACAUGGUUUAAAAUUAAAAAAAGUACAUAGAGUAAUUACGUUCAAACAGUCCCCUUACUUAAAACAAUAUAUUGAUAUGAAUACAAGGCUACGUCAAGAGGCAACGUCUGUCUUUGAACAAGAUUUUUGUAAAUUGAUGAAUAACAGUAUAUUUGGUAAAACUUUAGAAAAUACUGAGAAAAGGGUUGAUGUGCGCUUAGUUAAUCAGUGGACAGACAAUGAUAACACAACAAAAAAGAAAAUCACCGCUGACAGAUUAAUUGCAAGGCCAAAUUUUCACAGUGUAUCAGUUUUUACUGAAAAUUUGGUGGCAGUUCAAUUGAAACCAGAUCUAAUAAUUUUAGAUAAACCGAUCUACAUUGGUUUCGCUGUACUAGAGUUAUCUAAAAGUCAUAUGUAUGAUUUUCAUUAUUCAGUAUUUAAACGUUUUUAUGAUACUCGUCUACAAAUGUGUUACACGGAUACAGAUAGUUUUGUUUAUUAUAUACAAACAAAAGA